CUACGGAAGCCGCAUUGCACGGGGAGGAAGCGCUAGCACAAUGGCGGCGGGGCCUGGUGUAGCUAUGCAGGACAGUCCCUCAACAGAACUUUCUCUCUCGAUCCCCCAAGGUACGACCCAGUCUCACUCGGACCGGGUCAAAACCGAAGAGGUGACGGAAGCUGAAAAGCAGAGUCGCAUGGCUGCCUUGUUGGAGAGGCUUCAUUCCAAACAUAAUGGUGCCCGCCCGUGGCAGGAGACCUCUAAAGUUGUACGUCAGGCAAUGGAAAAACGCGGUAUGAUGAACGCUGCUGGCCACCAGCUACUGCUCACCUGUUUGGAGACCCUGCAGAGGGCACUGAAAGUCUCAUCUUUGCCCUCCAUGACGGAUCGUCUAGAGUCCAUAGCGAGACAAAACAUGCUGGGCUCCCACCUGAGCCCAUCCGGAACCGAGUGCUACAUCACGUCAGAUAUGUUUUACGUGGAGGUGCAGCUCGACAGCGGUGGUCAGCUUGUGGAUGUCAAAGUGGCUCAUCAGGGUGAAAACCCCACGAGCUGCCCCGAGUUGAUUCAACAUCUAAGGGAGAAGAACUUUGAGGAGUUUUCCAAGCAUCUUAAGGGACUUGUUGACUUAUACAAACUUCCUGGAGACAAUAAAUUAAAAACCAAGAUGUAUAUCGCACUGCAGUCUCUCGAGCUCGAUCUCACCAAGAUGAUGCACAUGUUCCGGUUGGCAACCAAUGCUAAUACAGUGGAGACAAUUCUACAUGGCAGUGUGGGCCUGCUGACGGCCAGGAGUGGUGGUCAUCUUGUUUCUCUUCAGUGUUACGUCUCCCCGUAUGACAUUUUCGAGGAGGGAAUGGGCGUCCACCUUAACCUGACAGACGCCAAUGUGCCACGCUCACUGGGCGUCAGCGUCUCCGUCACCAUAGAGGGGACCGCCAACACCUGCAAACUUCCCAUUACACCACUCAUCACUGGCUCACACCCGGUGGACAGUAAAGGAACACCUUCCUUUUCCACAGUGACAAACUCCAAUUGUGUGGACCUGCCUGCUUGUUUUUUCCUCAAGAUGAACCACUCCAUGCCUUUCUCCCUGUCCUUCAUUCAAAGACUGGGCAAUGCUACAGGUAUUCCUAUAUUUGAGAGCACCCCCAGUUUGUCUACCCUCUACCAGCUAAUAGUCCAGAGCCAGCUACAGCCGACGGAGGAGGGUGGUACCACACUGCCGCCCUCACACAACAUGCAUUUCUACUCAGUGUUGCCAGACCAGCAGCACUGUUAUUUCCUGAACGGUGACGCCCCCGUGCAGGAUGGUCAUUCUCUCCAAGGCGCCUUAGUGACAAAGAUCCCCUUUCGCCACCCAGCUCAGGUGCCCCUCUUGCUGGACAUCAUCCGGCACCAGGCAGCCUACAACACUCUGAUUGGCAGCUGUGUGAAGCGGACUUCCAUCAAAGAAGACAACAUAGGCCUGCUGCAGUUUGAGGUGUGUCCUCUGACAGACUCCACUUUCAGCGUCUCUUUUCAACAUCCUGUCAAUGAAUCAUUAGUCUGUGUCGUAAUGGAUGUGAUAGACUCCAGACAGGUGUCCUGCAAACUAUAUAAAGGACUGUCAGACGCUCUGAUCUGUACUGAUGAAUUCAUUACCAAGGUGGUCCAGAGAUGUAUGUCCAUCCCUGUAACGAUGCGGGCCAUCCGGAGGAAAGCUGAGACCAUCCAGGCAGACACUCCGGCACUCUCUUUGAUAGCACAGACCGUGGAGACCAUGGUGAAGAAUAACCCACCACCAUCCGGCAGUCCCACCUACAACAUGGCAAGCGGGGAUGUAGCAAACCCCAUGGGACUGUUGGGACUCACAGGCGGUAGCACACCCACUGGACCCCCUGCUGGGUCCAGUUUUGCUGGUCCAAUGACGUCUCUCUUGGGGAUGUCUCGCAAUGAAAGACAAGGCCAAGGAGCGGAGUGUCAACCUCAAGGCGGGAUGACCGGGCAGCAACAGUUGCAACAGCAGCCACAAGGUCAAGGCCAUUCGGAUGACUACAGCAAAGUCACGCAGAAUCCAAUCCUGACGAGUCUUCUCCAGAUAACGGGAAGUGUCGGUUCUAGUCCCAGCUCCCAGAACACACCCCAGCCCCACCAGACUCCGCCUCCGACGUCGUCACCUGCCAGCAACACCAAGAAUCAUCCCAUGCUGAUGAACUUGUUGAAGGACAACCCCUCGCAGGAUUUUGCUGCGCUGUAUGGCUCCAGUCCAUUAGAGAGGCAGAAUUCGUCAUCUGGGUCACCUCGUACUGACAGCAUGGGGGGGGCUUGCCCUGGAGGUGGCACAAAAGGCAAGAAGAAGCGUCCUCGAGUGGGAGAAAAGGGUGGCGUGAUGCCUGGGACUACCGGUACAGGGGGAACAGGAGGCGCUUUAGGCAUGAAGCCUCAACAGGGGUCCUCCAUUUCACAGCACCAUCAACACCACGCUGUCACACAUGAGGACGACUUCCACCGCGAGCUGCUUUCUAUGGACGUCGACGCAUCCCAAAACUCCAUCUUUGACGUCAACCUGGCGGCCGACGGCUUGGACACGCCCCACAGCAUCACUCCAGCUCCAAGCCAAUGUGGAACACCGCCCUCUGGGCCCAGCAUGCCUUAUCCGCAGUCUCAUGUCCAGCCUCAGCAACAGCUACCGCCGGGCGCUGUACCGCCCCGCAUGGUGCGCCUCUCUAGCUCUGAUAGCAUUGGACCGGAUAUUACAGAGAUUUUGUCCGAUUUGCCAGAACAAACCGGCAAAGCCAGCAGUGGAAGCCAUAGUCAGCAUCCCAUGGGUGGGGGUGUGGAUGACGGGGGCCCACUGGGAACACCGAUUCGUGACUCUUCUAGUUCAGGGCAGGGCAGUGCUGUGUUUGACUCAGUUGACAUCUUCAACACAAACAGCAACGAGAAUCCUUUUACAGAUGCUGCUGACUUGAUUGCUGAGGCGGCUGCCACCCCCACCAGUGACUCCUCCUCCACUAACUUCUUCACUGAUGCUGCAGACUUCAACCCUGACCUGCUGAGCUCAGGCCAUGGCUGCUUUGAGGACAGCUCACCCAGUGCUGAUGGAGACAUGGACCUGGUCAAGGGCUUUGGUGGGAGUAGUCAGCAGAAUACGCCAUCGGGUACACCUCAGAAUCCCACACCGCAUGGGCAGAACACCCCGGAACCUUCACUCAAAGACCCUUUUGAUAUGGGGAUGUUUUUUGUAGGCAACAGCGGCUCUGGUAAACCUCUUCUGGGACAAGCACCUGAUUUGGGAGACGCUCAUGUAGGAGGCUCCCAGAGCCCCCUUAUGAUGGGCUUGGGACCGGCAUGCGCUGAUUUUAAAAGUACAGAGUCCAAAGUCAAACAGCAGAGCCUCAUGCGCCAAAAGGAUGAGAAUGGAGGAAGCGGGAGUAGCAACUGUGGAAUGGGAAGUAUAUCAACUGAGGGCAAACAGGUCAAACGUAGCAGGACUCCAUCCAAUGAGGGCAAGUCCAAAGAUAAGCCCCCUAAGCGUAAAAAGCUGGACCCAGAUGGGAAGUCGCCUUCUCACAGCUCAGGUGGACGGCCGUACACUCCUCCCAGUGGAAGUUCUGGCUCUGGUGGCAGCCUAAGCGGGGGAGGUUCCAAAUCUCCGGGGAGUUCUGGAUGCUCGCAAACUCCACCUGGCGGUGCCACACCACCCAUCCCCAAAAUUACAAUUCAACUUCCAAAAGGGACAAUAACUGGUGGGAAAACCUCCCAUAGCAGCUACACGUCCAGCAGCUCAACCUCAGGCGGCACAGGAGGAGGAGGUGGGUCAAGCAGCAGCAAAAGCCACCAUUCCCAUUCUUCUUCCGGGAAGAUAAAGUCCAAGGAAGGCUCCAUGACGCAAGGCAAUAGCUCCAAGUCAACAAGCUCAUCAGGGAUUAGUGCAGUACCAUCCCAGUCUAAAGGUUCCUCUCAGGGAAUGGGGGUUGGCAAACCGGGAUCUUCCCCAAUCACAAAACAUGGGCUCUCUGGUGCAGCAAGUAGUGGAGGUGGAAUUGGGAGUGGUAACAAGAUAAAAACUCAGGGUGGUAAGCCACCUGGGUCUCUUAUGAAUCCCAGCAUAAAGCCCAACAUCUCCCCAUCUCACUCCCGCUCCAGUAGCUCUGGGGAGAAGUUGUCUUCCCCCAUGAAGAUCCAACAGUCCCAAGUGCCCGGGACACCGCCUUCCUCGAAGGCCAAAUCACCAAUGGGUUCCGGAGGAGGCAGCUCUGGAGGGUCCAAGUCCUCUUCCAGCGGAGGUAUGAGCUCCCAGAAGCCAAUGACCUCCUCAGCUUCCACAUCUUCUUCCUCAUCAUCGUCAAACUCGUCCUCGUCGUCGUCAUCUGCUUCCAUGGGCUUCUCCGGAGGCUCCCAGUCUCAGUACGGGGGCGGGGGAAUUGGAGGCGGUGGGGGGGGAGGAGGAGGGAGCGGAAGUGGGGGAAGUGGUGGAGGUGGGAGUGGCGGAGGGGCAAGCAGCAGCGGCAGCUGUUCAGGCCAGAACAACGCAAACAACCCAAACGCCAAGGGAAAGUCUCCAAGUCGAAACAAGAAGCCGUCUCUCACAGCUGUCAUUGACAAACUGAAGAGUGUGGGCAGUGGAGGCGUGGGAGAGGAUGGUUGCGAAGUCGGACCACCUGGGGGUGGAACUGGUUUUGGUCCCCCGGCCAGCAGUGCUCCCGGAAACAUCCCCAGCAUCGGCCCUUCUAACAUGGGUUCCUCCAAGCAUGGCACAUCCUCGCAAAGUGGCGACUACAAGCGGGAAAAAUCGGAUAAAGAAGGGAAAGCGAAAGUGUCUGUUUCAGGGGGGACCAGUGGGGAUAAAAAGAUGAUGGACCCCAAAACAGGUGGGGUGAGCGGGACUGGCCUGGCCAAGAUCAUAAUCAGCAAACCCGAUGGCGGUUCGCCCAGCAUCAAGGCCAAAGUCACCCUGCAGAAAGGAGGCGAAGGCCCCGGCGACUCCUUGCGACCGCAGAUCUCUAGCCUCAAAGCGUCCCCCCUUUUCAGCGGCUCAACUCCCAAACACGACCGAUCCUCGCCCAGCCACAGCCGCUCGCCGGGACACACCCCGCUCAACCAUGACAGUGAGAGUGAGUCAGGCAGCAGCUCUGUGGCCGAGAAGUCCCACCAGAACAGCCCCAGCUCCGACGAUGACCAGACGGUGCGACCGCUCCCCACCCAGGACUACAUGAGCUCCAUGCCGCUCAGCUCAGGGGAGAAACACAAGAAACACAAAAAGGAGAAGAAGAAGCAGAAGGAGAAGGAACGGGAGAGAGAGCGAGAUCGGGAACGGGACAAAGAGAAGAAGAAGUCGUCCAUGUCAGUGGGGGUGUCCUCGCAUCCGAUGAAGGCGGACACCUGGUCCCGGUCGCCCAUCUCAGCCUCGGAGUCCUCUUUGUCCAUACUAGGCUCGGAGCGGGCGUCCCGAUCCAGUCCCAUGUACAUUAGAAACGAAGAUGAUGACCUCAUGGACUCAGCUCUCACUGGAAACCUUUAAAGUGUUUUUUUUGUAAGAUCUUUUAUUUGUAUGACAUGCAUUUUAUCCUCAUAGAAACCCUUAUUUAUGUUCGCAAUUUAUAACUCACCAUUGGACUGUUUUAAACUAAUGCCCAAUUGUUUGCAUUGGGAUGGCAAGUAUUAAUUCAUUAUAGGAUAACGGUGUAUUUUCAGGGCUGUAAAAAUCUGUCAAUGUAAAAAAAAAAAAAAAAAAAAGUGGUAUAAUUUGAAAUGUAAAACCCGGAUGGCACUGUGUUCAGGUGUUUUGAUGACAUUGUAGAUUUUGAUACAGUCGUGGGUGGAUGAGAAUACAUACAUGCUUUGGAAAUGUUAUUUUAAUAUGUGAAUUAAAAAUUUUAGGACGGAGAAUUUACAUGUAAUUAUUUUUCAUCUGUUCACAGAGCAGUAAAAUGAAAGAGUAGAAAUAAGUCGUAUGGUGUACAAGCGGUGAAAGCUGGUAGUAAAAGCACCUUCCAGAACAACGCAAUCCGUCGUCUUUUAUGGCUAUUCCACAAAAGUACACUAGAGGGCAGCAGUGUCAAAAAGCUUCCGUGUUAAUAAUUGCAGUACAGUUAUUUCAUGAUAUGAUUCUGUACAAGAGACAGUUUAAAGCAAUUAAAUGCAUUUUCACACAGGUAUUCAUAGACCUUAAGUCCUAACGUUGUUGAUUACAAACUUGGGCCACAAUAUCCAAAACCUUUUUUUUAUGUAGAAGAGUUGAGAUGUUAAUUCAGCCUUCUGCAAAAGCACUAGUCAAAGAUUUUAUGUAUGACAGGAGUUCUCCUCUGUUUUUCAGCACCUGCUACAAGUCCUAACGUUGUGGAUUACAAACUUGGGGCCACAAUAUCCAAAACCUUUUUUUAUGUAGAAGAGUUGAGAUGUUAAUUCAGCCUUCUGCAAAAGCACCAGUCAAAUAUCCUCUAUGUGACAGGAGUGUUCUGUUGCUAAGCACCAACUGCAAAUACUAUAAAGAUCUUCUGUAUGACCUGAGCACUACUGUUUUUAACUAAAAAAAACUAAACUUGUCAACUCUUGCUCGAUUCUCUGUAAGAGCUCUGCUGAUUUUAGGAAUCUGCUACAAAAAAAGUGUCAAAAUGCCAUGAACAUAAGCUCGACAGGAAAAAGCUCCCCUUUGUGCCAUGCUUUGAUCACAGAUGACAACACUAGACUAGUGAAGGCGUCGGCUGACCUGGUGACACAUGACCUCAUCUGGCCUAAACUGUGCUGAGUGUGCAAAAGUGGCAGUAAUGAAUCGACUCUUCAUAACAGCAAAUUAUUACACUCACUCAGCUAAAGUGUUAGGAAGAAGUACGUCGUCAAUUCUGCCAUUGGUUUUUCUUUCCCUGACAUUUUCCAGCACAAAGGCCCCCCCGGGAGGUCAUCUAAGCUUA